AUGACUGCUUCUGCUGAUAAGGCGGUAUCCGGCGGGGAGCAUGAUACUGGAAGCAAACCUCCAGUGACUGGCAACGGGAGUUCUCCCAAAAGCGAUAAUGCUGGUAGCUCUGUGAAGAUGACAGAGAUCGAAGAUCCCAGAAUUGACUAUCUCACCGCGGAUUCUGAGCUUACAGAGGAUUUACCUGACGACUCACAGGUCAUCGACCUGGUUCAUCUCAAGAUACGUUCGCUGGAAGACCUGAAACUUUACAGAUUCACUCAGCUUACGAGCUUGUGUCUGAGGCAGAACCUGAUAGAAAGCAUUAGCGAGGUGGAAGUCUUGCCAGUCGACAGUUUCCAGAAUUUGGACCUUUACGACAAUAGAAUAAAACACAUCUCGAGUAAUGUUAAUAAACUAGUCAACUUGGAGAAUCUGGACCUGUCAUUCAAUAAAAUCAAGCAUAUCAAGAACGUUGAUCAAUUGGUCAUGUUGAAGAAUCUGUACUUUGUGCAGAACAAGAUUUCAGUUAUCGAGAAUCUAUCGACUUUGAAGAAUUUGAAGAACUUGGAGUUGGGCGGGAACAGAAUCCAAGAGAUCGGAAGAAACUCCUUCGAAGGGCUAGGGAAUUUGGAAGAGCUGUGGCUGGGUAAAAAUUCGAUUCCACGUCUGGUCAAUCUGAGCCCAUUGAAAUCGCUCAAGAUACUCUCGAUUCAAGCAAAUAGACUUCGGAAGAUAGAGGGAUUGGAGCAAUUGGAAAAUCUGGAAGAGCUCUACAUCUCCCAUAACUUCAUAGCAGAAAUAAACGGCCUGGAGAAGAACACUAGGCUAACAACUCUGGACAUAACUUCGAACAAGGUGACCAAGAUCGAAAAUGUCAAGCAUUUGCGGAAUCUCACGGAUCUAUGGGCAUCUUUCAAUCAGAUAGAUCAAACCUUCGAGUCUUUGGGUGAAGAAUUGGGAGGUUUACCUGGCCUCGAGACUAUCUACCUGGAAGGCAAUCCUAUUCAGACCAAAAAUGCUACAGCUUACAGAAGAAAGCUGGUUAUGAACCUCGGGCCAUCUUUACAGAAGAUCGAUGCAACUUUCAUCCGGGGAUGA